CGAGACUGACGCAGUAAAGGAGAAAAAUCCAUAUAAUAUUGCUCCAUGGGAUGCUCCUCUAAUCAUUCUACAAUUCAGUUGACGCAAGUUCGAACUACUUUUAUUUUACAUCCAAUUCAUAAUCUGCACCCAAACCCAUCACACAACCUUUGCAACAUGAAAGUCAUAAUCAUUGGAGGUGGCAUCGGCGGACUUACACUCGCACAUGGGCUUCAAAAAGCUGGUGUUCCAGUCCAAGUAUUCGAGCAACAGGCUCAUAAGACCGAAAAUCUCGCCGGAUACGGCAUCCAUAUCGAUCGCAGCGGUCGCCAGGCACUAAGGGCCUGCUUGCCCCUAUCCAAUUGGACUAGACUCCAGGGCCUGUUUACGUCUGCCGGUACAAAGCUAUACUUUCGCGAUCCCCAGCUGAAUGUCUUAGCGGAAAAGGACGAGGCCGAACUCAGCGGCAAGCCCGAACAAGAAGUCGAGCGUAGUGGUAUACCUAGAGUGGACCUGCGCGACGCGCUCUUAGACGGGCUUGAUGGUGUUGUACAAUGGGGUAAAGCUUUCGAAAAAUAUGAAAAACUUUCCGAUGGCACUGUUAGAGUCUACUUUGACGAUGGCACAACUUCUGAUGGAGACUUGCUGAUCGGAGCUGACGGUCCCAAUUCCAAGGUCCGCCAGCAGGUAUUACCAGUUGUGCAGCGACUCGACCUCGGCGUAACAGCCAUCGCCGGUCGGUAUAUUUUGGACGACGAAAAAAUCAAGAGACUGACACCAGAAAUCACGAACGGAUCGCUCAAUAAUAUUGUGCCUACUGGUAAAGGCUGGAUGUUUACAUCUGCAUGGAGAUCACGACCAGUCGCAGAUGAGAAGAAGACGGUUGAACAGACCGCUGGCCGAGUCGCCGAGCACUACGUUGUCUGGGCAUAUGUCUUGCCAUCCAAAGAUGCUCCGGAGGGUGCAGAACGCAGGGAUCUUUCAAUGCUUCAUAAAAUUGUUGCAAAGGGCAUAAAAAACUGGUCUCCAGAACUACAAGAGUUGAUCAACGGCGCGGAUCCGUCAGCUACCAAGUGCUUCCCGCUCAAAUCGAUGCCAAUCCUGGAGCCAUGGGAUUCGAGCAGCGUUACUCUGCUUGGAGAUGCGAUUCACAACAUGACUCCAAUGGCGGGCAAAGGAGCCAAUACUGCUCUUCGGGACGCCGAAGUUCUGACGAAAUUUCUUGUCGACGCAGCAGCUGGUAGGACGACAUUGCUGGAGAGCGUCAAGUUGUAUGAAGAUGAGAUGAGAGGGUAUGCGAACGAGGCGCUGGGUAUGUCGACGCAAAAUGCGCUCAAUGCAUGCAACGGAGGCACAAUACAGCGUCUCUUUUUCAAAGGCUUCCUGUAUGUUGUUGAAACGUUCCCGUCUGUAAAGAGAGCUACUUUGGGGAAGACGGCUGCGAAGUAA